AGAGAGAUAGGGAGGGAGGGAAAAAGGAGAGUUGUGUCCCAUAUGUGGAAAAAAGCAUAGCAGUGCACACACGGGUCCAGUCAGAUCCAGGGAUUAUCCUAGUGCUUUCAGAUCUGAUGGAGGACAUGCAGGCAUGAAUAGGGUUGUUCUGUUAUCAUUGCGCUCUCAUGCCAGUGACGGACCACAACUGGACCGGCGCUAACCUUAGCUGGCAUUCAUGAAACAGCAUUCCUCCUUACUGAGACCAGCUCCACAGAAUGCUGAGUCCCAUUGUCCCUUAUAGCCUGUUAAAGAUGCACUGGAACCCAGAGCAUGCCCAGCCCCUCAGCCAGUGGCCUGAGCAGCACCUGGACGUCUCCUCCACCACCUCCUCCCCAGCCCACAAGGCGGAGUUUUUCUCCGGCCGUGGACGCAGCUCCUACAACUACGCCUGGGCCAACGAUGACAUCUCUGCCCUAACAGCCUCAAACCUCCUGAAGCGCUACGCUGAGAAGUACGCAGGCGUGCUAGACUCACCAUACGACCGGCCUCCUACAGUGGGAACUUACCCAGAACCGGGGGCUUUUGGGCAGAAGACAGAGCUGGAACCUUGGCCACUGACGCACAGUACUGAUGCCUCUUACCCUUUGGUUCCUCCUGGAGGCCUUGAGAGUCUUUCGAGCUCCAAGACUGUUGCCACAUCUGUGGGCCCCCCUGGGGUGAACAGCGUGUCGGUAGUCAACAGCAAUCUGUCAGACUCUGCCUACAGUGGCAGCAGCUCCUGCAGCGGUUCAGGCGAGUAUCCCUCCAGCUACAAUGGCACCUACCUUUCCUCAGGGUUCUGUCCUCAGCCCAGUGCAGCACUUCCCCCCACCUCCCUUCACACUCUGCAACCUACCCCCACUUUGGUGCCCAGCUACAGCCCCACCACACCGGUUUAUAACUACCCACCCAGCACAUAUCCACCCCAGACUAGCCUUGCGCCCACCUACAGUCAUCCCUCCACGACAUACCUCCCCUCAGGUCUACCAGCUCCUACCCCCAUCCCCUCUAGGCCCACAGUGGUUGGAGGCUCAUACAGCUACCAGAGUUCCAACCUUGGAGCAUCUGAGUCUGGAGUGACAUUAAAAAGAAAGGCAUUUGACAUGGGCUCAGAGGAGGAUGACAACGGGAACAGGUCACGGUACAGAAAAUACAGUUAUGAUGCCCUAAAGGGUGGAGGAACUUCUCCCUACAGAGUGAAUGACAAAACAGAGUGCAGGGGAAAUGGAUUUAACAUUUCAGGCAGCACAGAUCCUCAAACCUUCAAGCCCAGCAAGCCCUCCUCUCAGCCCUUGGUGUCUCCUCAGUUUGGGGCCGGAGGAGAGUACAGUCCCCCUGCAGGCAUGGCGGGGGAGAACGGGGUGACGGAGCAGGGCUUUACCCAACAGCAGCACCGACCCCCGCCACUCAAACGUCCUUCGUUAUGUACUGCACCUGUCGAAGCUAUGAAAAGCCCAGACCCCCGACUGCUGGAGCUUAUCAAUGGAGAGUUGUUAGACUGUAGCCCAGCACUGCUCUGGACUGAACUGGUUGGGCUUACUCAUGUCAAGGCUGCCCUGGAAGAGGACCUGCUGUGGCCUGUGUUAAGGCCCAAUCCAGUGGUGCGACCACCAAGAACCCUUCUGCUGUUUGGUCCCAGAGGAGGUGGUAAGACAACACUGAGUCGUUCAUUGGCAUCGCAGUUAGGAGCUUCGUUCUACCGUGUGAGCGGACCUAUGCUGGCAUCUAAAGGGAAGCUCGAGGCAGAACACAUUCUGGGUUCUCUGCUGCAGGUGGCAGGGGCACGGCAACCCGCUGUGGUACUGCUCAGUCAGGUGGAGGCAUUGGAGGAGGAUGAGGGGCUGAGGCAGGUACUGCUAACAACCCUGGAGAAAGCCCAGGUGGGGUCCACGGGUUUGGUUAUUCUUGUGUGUGCCACUGGAAGGCCGGAUCUCCUGCAGGACGCGGUUCACCAGAGCUUUGCUAAGAAGUAUUAUGUCAGCCUCCCAGACAUGGGGAUCCGUCAGCAUGUGCUGCUGCAGGCGCUGACGCCCCAGGGCUGCACCUUGAACGAGAGGGAGCUGAACGCAGUGCUGCAGCGCACUGAGGGCUUCUCAGUGUGGGAGCUACUGCAGCUCAGCCAGCAAGUGCUCUCCUCAGCAUCUUCCCCACCUGGAGCCAUGCACAGCCUCGCCACUUCCCCAAAACCUCCAGACUUUACAGAUUUUGAGAAUGCCUUUUGCAAGGUGUGUCCACACACUACCACAAAGGACGUGGACACUUGUAUGGAGUGGAGCAAGAUGUAUAGCCACUGAUAAAGCAGCUAGUCACCAUACUCGGACUGCACUGCGACCCUGUUUUUGCCUUGGCAUUUAAAGCCUUGGGGAUAUUUUGUUGCUGUUUCCUAAUAACUGAUUAGGCAGCCAAAAGAGCCAAGGUAUCUCGAUGGUAGGGGCAGCGCUGAUCAAGUUAUUUCACUGGCAGGAACUUGACAUGGUGUGCUGUUUGUUUUGCUCAGAACACUGACAAUAUUUGAUGUUUUCCCAAAGAUAAAGUGAGGUGAACAGGUUUUAGUCAUUUGUUGGCCAAUGGGGAAAAUAAGAAAGGUAUCUCAAUACCCUUCAAGAUCCUGAUUAGCCUCGGUCCAGGACAAAAUCAGAUAUUUGUUGCUAAGUGAUGUGGUCAAAUAUUUUGGAUAAUCAGGGUUUGGGAAAUCUGGCCUUUGGCUGCUACUCUCAGGAUCCUAUUUAUUACCAAUCCAAUUCAAUGUUAUCCUACAGGCAAUGUAGUCAUUGGAUUGUUACAUUAAGGGCUUGGGAUCAGCAACACUUCAGCGACAUUUUUACCAAAAACCUGGCAAACCAAAUACAUAAUAAGAAAGCACUGAUAAUUUCUCCAAACGGACCGGUCUUAACAAAGUAAAGAUCACAGCAUGUUGAUAUUCACAAUAGCUUUUUACCAAACUAUGACACAAAAACCUUCUCUGAGAGUACAGAAUAAGUGGACCUUGGCCUGCUUUAUCCUGGAAUAAAGUUGUUUAAGUGGAAUGAUUUUAUGUUUUGCUGCAGAACCACUUCUCAUGCAUCCUCAUCUACUCACCAACUGCACUGUGCUUACAUUUUAGUACAAUUUAACCCAAAACCUGCUUCACAAUUCACAUUCCACAUCAGAUUCAGUUUCCCACCUGCAGAACAACACCUGCGCAUUCAGCUUGUCCCACAUCGUGUUUGUUUUCUUACCUCUAUUCCUCCUUUUUUUCUUGUAUUAUGUAAUAUUGUUUGAAAUGCUCAGGAAGAAUUUCUUUACCUCAGAAAUAUGAAAUAAAGAAUGUAUGUAAUCUUGGGGUCUUAGAGGAGAGUGAGAUAGAGGAGCGAGGAGGACCGUGACAGUCUUGUGAAAAACCCACUGCAGCUGGGCUUGUACCUCAGCAGAGAAACUUGAAUAUUCUACAAAGAGUAACAUUGAAUGUAAUUCAGGUAUUUCAAAGGUUAUUUGAUGCCAUAAAUCCAUGUAUUAUUAUAUAUGAAUAUAUAAUGCAUUUUUGUUUGUUUCAGUUCUUUACCAUUUAUUUUUUUUAAUUGUAGUUUAUGGUGAAGUGAUGAUUAUCGUUGAAAAUUGUAGAAAAAGAAAAUAUUUCUUCUUUUGUUGGACAAACUGCUUUGGAAAUGCGCUCUUUGGUGUUUUUUUAUUCUGUAAUAUCUACACAAUCCACCAACACAUUUGUUGGCACCACUGGUGUGAUGUGUAAAAAGCCUUAAAAUUAAAUCUGUUAUUACAGUAGCUAAUAGUCACACAGAAAAAUAUUGAAAAAUACAUUCUUUAAUCUGAGUACAUUUGUUUAGGGGGACAAAAUGUGGAGCAGUUAUAAAUACCCCUAGGAGUUUCUUGAUGGGAGCUAGAUUAUAAUAUAUAAUAAAUGUAACUGAAGCAUUUUUUUUUACUUAGUCAACUUUUUAAAGUUGAUUAGAGUUUUUAUGAAAUUCUACUUAGCAAUCAAACACAGCCAACAUGUGAAUGUGGGCCCCAUACGGAUUUUGCUGAAGCUAAAUGGGUACCAAGUGGGUCUCAGUCGUUUCUGUUGGACCUACCUGGUUUUAUUAAAUAUAAAUCAUAUUGCCACAACUAAUGUGACAUCCUACUUAGAACUAUGCCAGGUCCCAAGUUAGAAAAUCAGUUUACACUGUGUAAUACCUCUAGGUCCCAUAUGGGCCCUAGUUUUAAGAUUGGGUGGUCCUAUAUCAAACCUGUUUCACCAUUACGUAACAUGUGGACAGUCCCAUCGGUGGUCCCAUUUUCAACCCAUUUCCUGUCAAUACGGGCCCCAUGUGUAAAUGUCAGUUGGCAAUAUGACAUAAUACAGAUUGCCAUUUCUAUUGCUCACUGGCCUCUAGGCUUGAUGAGGACCCAUAAGCAAGGUUAUCAUUAACAAAAACUAACUAUAUAACUAGAAGUGAAAAAAACAUUCUCGUUAACUGAAAUAAAAAUAAAAACAAGACUUUGCAAAAAAAAGGAAAACUAACGGAAACUGUAAUGAGUGUUCACAAUGAACUGAAUUUAUAUAGAGAUAAUGUGCUUAGUUUUUGUUUGAAUGUCUCAUGCAUUAUGAAGUCUAGUAUACGAUUGUUGUUGUUUGUUUUUUCUCGAACCUUAAAGUUCACUUGAAAAGCUCACAUUUGGUAUGUAACCUGUGUUACAAAAAAGACUAAAACUAUAAUUGCAACUAAUACAAACUAAACUGAAACUAAGUAUUUCAACAACAAAAAAAAAACUAAACUAGCAAACAAAUGCUAAAAAACUAAUUAAAACUAAAAUAGAAUUUAAAAUCUGAAAACUAAAUAAAAAUAAAAACUAAUGGAAACUGCAAAACUAUGAAAACCCUGCCCAUAAGUAUCUUGCAACAUGGAUAGAGUAAGGAAGGUAAAAGUCCCCCGACAAAGCUCACUGUUCGAGAACUGCAACUAAUAUUCCCAAAUCUCCAUAACAAAAAUUAGAUGCUUUCUACAUAUCAACUAGUUCUUUAGGAGAUAAGUAAACAUGUGGAGUUGAGGUUACAUCUAUUGUGACUUGACCUGGAGCUGUGUGCUUUGGUCAGAUGAGACUAUAAAUGUGCUGUUGAGGAAUGAACACUCUGGUGCGUAAAAAGAUAAAGACACUUAAAAGUAUGGUGUAAAGUAUGAUGUAGGAUCAGUUAUGCUGUGGGCCUUUUGUUAGAGUGGAUGGAAUCAUGAACUCUUUGAAACACCUUGAGAUUAUGAAUAAUAAACACCUGGCCUGUCAGAAAACAAAGUGGGUCAUCUUUUGGUUCUUUAUGAUCCAAAAUAUCGUUAUUUGCUUAACUAAAUUUGAAAGUGGGAUUUUUUCUUCCACUAACCAGUUUUAGGGAUUUUUCUGAAUUUGUUUUUAGCAUUUUUUAAAUUGUGUUAAUGUAAUAGAAGACAGAUUUAUUUUAAGUUUUUUACAUAGAUUUACCAAGGGUGCCAUGAAAUCUGAUUACAACUGUAAGUCUGCUCUCUAUUACGAUUCAGAAUUUUAUUUCUAAAUAAAAAAGAAACAAAGAACCAACCCCAGUGCACGCACGGUCAGCAUUUAAGCCCAAAACUUUGAGCCCAACUAGUAGUUUAGACCAAGGUGUUACAUGUGGCUUUCAGUACAUCUUAAAGAUUAAAUAUUUACAACUACUGUGUGAAUAUGGUGGACGAAGCCAGUAUGUAGACAAUCCAGCAAUAUAUCUCCUCCUGCAGCGGUUCCUUUAGAUGCUGGAAAAGACCAGUCACUAUUUUGCAGGCAAAGCGGUUGUACGUUUCAGGAUGAUGUAAUAAUCUCCACCCUCAUCAUUCUUUUUCUCUCUCCCCAAAUGCAAUCUCAUUAGACUGGAUUGCCUCUGGCCACAAGCCCCAGUGACCAUGUGGCGUUGAAACCCCCCCCCACCUCCUUUCGUCUUCCCUUAUUCAGAUUCCUCCGUAGUCGAAGUGGGCUGAUUGAUGCUCGGCAAUCCUAUAUUGCAGAGCAGUCUUCCCGCACCAGCUGGUGAAUUCAGCCGUGCCGUACAGCCUGAUUAAUCAGAGUGACCCCCACAGUCUCAGAAAUUGAAAAAAAAAAAAAAAACACUUUUUCACAACAAGCUCUGUCUUGAGCAGCAAUGCUCAGAGAACCACAGCGAUUGUUCCGGUUAAAUUACAGAAAUUAAAUCACCUCUUCCUCUCUGCUGACAGUUUGUCCAACAAAACAAGCUCUUAUUUUGUCCAUUUUUAACAUGCCCACCACAGUAACUUUGCUCUUAGUUAUUUUACAUUUUCUGUAACCAUUUCUACCUCAUUUUUGCAGCAUAUUGUACAUGAAAGUAUUUAUUUCAUGUCUUUUUAUUUGGUGUCUGUUUUAAAAAUGAUAAUGAUGUUCUUGAACUGUAAUAGUCUACCUCAGAAAAGACUGUAUUUUAAGAGAAGAGUAUCACACAAUAUUAAACAGAAUUUGUCAAUAUUGAAA